AUGGCCACAUCAGCAAGUCAGGCACACCGCCAACCUCGCUCGUCAAUCUCACAAUAUCAACCCUCCUCACAACCUCGUCCCCAGUCCGUACAAGCUGGUCACGAUGUCAGCGUCGGCCCGGCUACGCAUGUGCAGGCCAUACACGCGUUCGAUCCCGCCGCUUUGCCAUCCACGUCCGCGGCGGCGGCGUCAAACAUGUACCUAUGUUUCAAGGCGGGCGAAAUCAUCAAAGUGUGGAGCAGGGAUGAAAAGGGAUGGUGGGAUGGGGAAGUGACCCGUGGAGAGGAGGAUGCGGGCAAGGGGCCAAGAAGGGGCUGGUUCCCUAGUAACUAUGUCCGACCUGUGCAGGUAGACGCAAAUACUGGGCCAUCAGAGAAGGUCGCACCACCUGCUGAAAGACCGAUGUCGCGGCAGGCAUCCGCAGCAUCUGUACACUCCUUCACCACCCACGAAUCGCACGCCUCCCAUCACUCGCGGCCAUCCCAUCUCUCGCGGUCAGCUUCGACAGCUACAUCCAUAUCACAGUAUCGCCAGCAGCCUGUCCCUACGCUAUCAUCUCUUCCGUCCACCUUUCAAUCCAUCCUUCAUCCUGUCGUUCAAUCGCUACGACUGUUGACAGAGUCUAUCGAAAACAAUCAUACGACACACUUCCAACCCUCUACAGCUGUCGUCAUCUCCGCGAUCCGCACGGCGUUGGAGCAGACCGACUGCCUCUCGAAGACAUCGCCAACAUUGGAGCGGUAUCCGCAGCUGGCGAAGGAACGCAAAAUCGUUCUGGUGGAGCUGAGCAAGCUGGUAGCAUGCGCGAGGCUGGCGAGUGGGGUGGAGAUGCCGGACCUGCCGGUAGAGCCGGGGAUGGAGCUGGAGCUGCUGGAGCAGACGGCGGACAGCGUGAUGACGGCGGUGCUCAGGGUGAUGGGGAUGGCGGUAGAUCUGGGAGUGGAGGCCAAGCCUGGAGUAGGCGAGGCGGACGAGACGGUCCGGAUGCUGGUCGGUAACAGUGCGCCAGAGAGGUCUUCCUCGUCCGUCCAGCAGCACGGGAGGCAGCACAGCGAUUCUGCGGACCGGUUCCCUACCGUGGCUCCAGACGAGGAGCGGACCGCUCGGUGGUCUGCGCGGGUACGGUCUCCACCUCCGCCAAACCCUCGGAUGCAGGAAACUUUCCGCCAGAAAUCCUCUUCGACAGAACUGCGGUAUUCGAAGCGCGCAAGUAGUCCGCCACCUCCCAUGCCACCAUCCGCGGGGAUGCGCAGCAUACACUCCAAUUCGUCUCGCAGUAGCGACGCGGAUCGGAACGGUCCCCUCUCUGCUACGCCCACGCAGCGUUCGUCAUCCGGCUCGGGACCGAGCUCGCCCGUAUCGUCCAAAGGCAUGGUCUUCCCCAAGCAGCUCGCGCAGGCGCACUUGACCCGCAUUCACGGAUCGAUAGACUCGACGUUCUCACAGGCAACAGCCUCGUCUGACGGUUCCGCCAAUAAUCUUUCGUCUUCUGCGAACGGUCAGCUACCGCAGCAUGUGCGCGCCCAAUCACUCGAGACGGUCGAGGAUAUGCUGGCGGCGAUCAACAAGGCGGAGGAUGCGCUAUACUCCAUCAUCGCUGCCUUUAUUGGUCAAAUACACAGCCAUUCGCCUACGGCUCAUCCGUCAGCGCACGCGGGCCUGGUGCAGAUGACAAAGCGGACUAUCGACACUAUCAGGGACAUCCUGACCGUCACGGAGACACUGGGUCGGACUCUGGCUUCUCCUGCGGAUGAGGCGUGGGAAAAUGAGGACGAGCGGAACGAAAAGGAGAAUGAGGUGGAGCGUCUCAAAGAGGCCAAAGAUGGCAUGUACGACCUGGCCUCACGGCUGGUCGAUGCUGCUGAGAAUCUGGCGGAUGCCCCUUUCCGGCUCGCCGAGCAGGUGGGGGGAUUUGACGGGAAGGAGAGGGAAAGACGAGUGGCGGAAGUGCUGGCCAAUUACGAGGCGGACCGGGAGGACCUGAUUCGCGUGGCUUCAGAGGGGCUGAAACAUGGGAGCCAGUGCGCAGGGGUGGUCAGGUACUGCCUCAUGCCUGGUUCCCAGACGCCGGGCAGGAUCCGAGCUGCCUCGACGCCGAAGCAGGGGAAGGAGACGCCGAGUGUGGAAGUCCACCUGAAUAGCGACGAUGAGGCGCAGGAGGAAGGAGGGACGAGGCGGAAAGAGAAGGUGGGGACGAGGGGUGUGCAUACACUGUCCGGGCUCCAUCGACGGGUCGAGAGCCUGGGACAUGCGCGCAAGGGAUGGGUCGUUGGGGAGCAGGGCAUGUUAGGGGUGCCGUUUGGCUUUCCGGGUGAUGCUGGAGGUAUGGGCGGGGGAGGCGGUUGGGAUGGCAACGAAGACGGGAGUAAGGACGACGCAGAUGAGGACGGGGAGUCGACUGGCGUACAGCUCGCUGUUCAGGACGCAGAGGAGGAGGGUGUGGAAGAGAUGGGCGACGCCAAGGAGGAAGAUUUAACGACCCGUCAUUUUGGACUGGGGUAUGGUCUGCAAGUACCGAAACGUCCCGGACUUUCUCAGGUCCACUCGUCACCGCUUCUUUCCACCCCGUUCAAGUCUCGUCCAACCGGCAGCCCACACUCGGAUGCUGGCUCGCAAGAGCUCACACCCAUCCCCCGCUCCUCGUCCUGGAGUCGCUCACGGGCCACAUCCCUCUCGUCUCCCGCUCCGCCGCGGUUUGCACAUCGGUCUCCCUCCCGCUCUGCCGAUCUGGACAAGUUCACUUCGGACCUGGCGGGCUCCCUGGGUCAAUCACAGUUUCCCUCUCGGUCCACCUCCGCCGCCAGUACCAGGGAUGGCGAUACCUAUCAGUCGUCCAUCUCGGGCACAACGCGGUCUACCGCCGAUCUGGCGUCCCGCAAUUCGGCCUACACUAUGGCGUCCUUCACGACCAACUCUGCCCGAAGCAGCUACAUGGGGUCGGACGCCGCUCGCUCGUCCGGUGUUUCUGCGCUGGAACAAGCAGCACCGCAGACACCCGUCACCGGCCAAGAUGAUUCGCCUCUGCUUGGCUAUCUGCGAGCCGAGGCGUCUCUCAACGGAUCAAAUUUCCCUCGACUUGGCGAGCUCAGAAACGACGACUCCGGACACGGUCAAGUCUUGGACUUGGACAAGACGCCAAUGAAGCCGCUGCGACCUGUUCCCCACCGCUUCCCCACCUCGCCCAUACCCAUCCCUACCGCUGCCGCCGACAUCCGCUUCUGGGUCGUCGCGCACGACUAUGAUCCGCGCGAGAUCGGUUUCAACACCGAGGGCGGCAUGAUCGCUGCCAGUCUCAAGGUGUUGAUCGAAAAGAUGACCCCUCAUGACGGACCGGUCGAUCAUGCCUUUGCGGCAAUGUUCUGGGAUACAUUCCGCCUCUUCACCUCUCCCGCUGCGAUGGUGGACGAGGUGUUAUGGCGGUAUCAGUGCUCCCCGCCCGCGCAGAUGGGGCAGAUGGAUGACCGGGAGCGGGCAAUGUGGAUGGAGCGCAAAGUCGUCCCCACCCGGCUGCGUUGCUGCAAUUUCCUCAAAGUCUGGCUGGAGGCGGAAUGGCGCAGGCGCGAUGGGGAGGACGAGGAGGUGCUCAGUCGCUUGAUGAGCUGGAAUGAGGGCAGGAUGGCGUCCGAGGAUAUGCCUGCGAUGGGUCUUCGACUCGCCCGGCUCAUUCGACAGCGUAUGUCCGAGACGGCCACUUCGGAGGAGUACGUGCGUUCGUCCAGUCGGGCAAGCUCUCGGUCGUCCAUUCUCAGUAACGGGCCGUACUCGGCGCAGGUCGCGGACUUUGACGGACAUGGCAGGAGCAAGCGGGACAGCGGGAGGGCGACCAACAAGUCUAUAUCGUCACUUCGUGGUCUGCGUCGCUCGGUCUCCUUCGAUCGGCUACGCCAAGCUACCAACUCCACCAGUAGCUUGGUGUCAUCGAAUGGCUUUGCUCAUCCUGCGGUGCCGUAUAGCCCUAUCUCCCCUUCCAGCCCAGUGGGCCUCCCUCCCACCCCCAUCAUUUCCAAAUCACUCCACUCGCAGCUUCAAAAGACAAUCGGUCUGGGCAAACACGUUCCUCCUCCUAUCAAGACCGGUGGCAUCGGGCACUAUUCUACCGACUCGCUCGGGAACCCCUUUUCGCCGACCGGACCCUCACCUAUCCCACCCACCCCCUCGGUCCCCUUAUCCGACUUUGACCCGCUCGAGCUCGCACGCCAGCUCACUAUUAUGGAGUCCGCUCUGUUUAGGCAGCUGGACCCGGUCGACUUGCUACUCAGCGGCAAGAAGGGCUCCGGGCCUGGCAGGAUCCAGGUGGAUGAGCUCAAGCAGCUCAGUACCCUCAGCAACCAGAUCACCGGUUUCGUGGCGGACGGGGUACUGGGCGAGGCGGAUACCAAGAAACGGGCUGGGCUGCUGAAGUUUUGGAUCAAGGUGGCAGAUCGCUGUUUCAUGCUCCAGAACUUCUCAUCCCUCUUUUCUGUCCUUGCGGGCCUUAACAGCUCGACUAUCCUUCGCCUCAAAAAGACCUGGGAUGUUCUCAACCAGAAGUACAAGGUACUCUUGGACCGCCUUAAUGGCGUUAUUGAGCACACGAGAAAUCACCUCGCGUACCGAGGCAAGCUUCGCGAGGCAAAGGGGCCUGUUCUGCCUUUCCUCGGAUUGAUUCUGACCGACAUCACCUUCACGUGUGACGGGAACCCAAAUCUCCGCCCAUCUCUCCUGCAAGAAGGCCUGAUGUUGAUCAACGUGGACAAAUAUGUCAAGCUCGGCAAGAUCGCCUCCGACUUUCGUCGAUAUCAGGAGCCCUUCAACUUUCACGAGAUCGAAGCUGUGCAGGCGUACCUCCGCCGAGCUCUCGCAGAGCGCGGUAGCGGAAGCCUUGACGCGCUGUACCGCAAAUCGCUCAUGCUGGAACCACGCAAGGGGACGGAGAAGAUCAACUCGGGGAUUGACCGGCCCGGAUGGCUGGGAGGGAAGGUCUAG